GUCGUAAUAUUCAGAAAUUGCAGUGCAGAGUAACAAUACAAUACAUGUUUUCGUGAAGAAGAAACAACUCAAAAUGGAUAAAAUUACGACAUUAUGUAUAUUUUCGAUCACCGUUUGCUGUCUUUUGGUGAUUGUCACAGGAACACCAACACCAACGCCAACUCCAGAAGAAGAAUGCCAAAGUCGAAAUGCAUCAUGUGAACUCUGUUUAAAAGCUCCAAAAGCAAAAUGUUAUUACUGUCUGACAACCAAGGAGUGUCGUCUUUACCCGGCCUCCAGUAUCCUGCCAAACAAAGAAUGUGAUUUGAGUCAAGCAAGAUGGGGCACCUGCUUGAUAAACUUCGAGGCAUUGAUAAUCUCAAUGAGUGUGAUAGCGGGAUUGAUCCUCAUCGGAGUGCCUUGUGGAAUCUACUGCUGCUGCUGUAGAAGUUCAGGAAACAGAGCAAAAUGGGCUCGUGAAGAUGCCGCACAGGAAAGGAAGAAGGAAGAAAGGAAAAUGAAACAUGAGCAGAAGAAAAUGGAACGCAAGGCCAAGAAUGAUGAAAUCAGGCGUAAAUACGGUUUGAUGAAGGAUGAUGAAGGAUCGUAUCACAAAUUCGGCGAAGAAUAAAGGCCGCGAUAAAAUCCGCCCAAUAUAAAUCCAGCCCUUAUCGUGGGAGUUAUUUCUCUUGAGGAGCCUAUUUUUGUAUUCUAAUAUGCCACUUGACAUUUAUAUUUUCAAUUUAAUAUCCAUUUUCACAUGCAUGAAUAUAUGCCAUAUACUCCACCCAUGCAUGUUUUUCACACACUUAUUGCAUAUCACUUUGAAACAAACCUUAUCAUGUACAUGUACUCUGUAAAGGAGGGGAAAAUAAACCACUGAAAACAUAGCGUAAAGCUCAUAGAUUCCACUUUGGAAAAAAAAAAUCAGUAUCCACUUUUUCAAGUUUGGCCUGUGUUCUCAGAUAAAUUUCUUUUACUAUACAGUUUUUUUAUCCUCUCAAGUCCCAAGAGAUUGCAGUUCAGGAGCCCGUUACAGAAAUAGUUGCGUUUAAA